AUGGGUAUCAAAGGGAUUCGCACGGCCUUGAAGGUCGAUCUCGACAGGCAUGCAAGGGAACAGCCGGGGCUUCACAACCGGUGGCACCCAGACAUUCCGGCCUGUGGCAAUAUUGCAAAUAAUGAAGUCGUGAAAAUCGAAUGUCUUGACUGGACCGGAGGACAGAUCAAGAACAAUGACUCGGCCGAAGACGUGAAAAAUGUCGAUCUCACUGAGAUCCAUUACCUCUCCGGACCCUUCGAUAUCGAGACUGCAGAGCCCGGCGAUGUCCUCGUAGUUGAGAUCCAGGACGUGCAGCCUUUCCAAGAUCAGCCAUGGGGCUUCAGUGGCGUUUUCCAUCGCCAGAAUGGCGGAGGAUUCCUGGAUGAGCAUUACCCCAAAGCGUGGGUACAAUUACAUUCCGAUAUGGCGAGCGCAGCUAACGACAAGCCUAGAGCGAAAGCGAUCUGGGACUUUGAAGGCAUCUUCUGCUCUUCUCGACACAUUCCCGGUGUGCGAUUUGCCGGCUUGAUUCACCCUGGUAUUCUGGGAUGCGCCCCUUCUGCCGAAAUUCUUGCUGAGUGGAAUCGUCGCGAGGGUGAGCUCAUUGCGGCUAAUACAGUCGAGAAUCGAAUUGUUGCCCAGCCUCCUAACCCUUCGAAUGCGCAUGCGGGUAGUGCUGCUGAGGACAUUAAGAGUCGGGUCGCUAGGGAGGGUGCUCGUACCAUCCCAGGUCGCCCCGAACAUGGCGGCAAUUGCGAUAUCAAAAACCUCUCCCGCGGCUCAAAGGUGUACCUACCAGUUCAUGUCCCCGGUGCCAAAUUCUCCGUCGGAGACCUACAUUUCUCGCAGGGAGAUGGCGAGAUCUCUUUCUGUGGUGCCAUCGAGAUGGCAGGCGAGAUCACGCUCAAGUUCUCUGUCAUCAAGGACGGCAUGGCGAAGCUGGACAUGAAGUCGCCGAUUUUCCAUGCUGGCCCCGUGGAGCCUCAGUUUGGGCCCGGACGCUACCUCACUUUUGAAGGAUUCUCGGUUGAUGAGAAGGGUAAGCAGCACUAUCUCGACGCUACUGUUGCGUACAGACAGACUUGUCUUCGGGUCAUCGAGUACCUUCGUCGCUAUGGGUAUAGUGAUUAUCAAAUCUAUUUGCUGCUAAGCUGCGCGCCGGUGCAGGGACAUAUUGCUGGUAUUGUGGAUAUUCCGAAUGCCUGUACCACUCUUGGUGUUCCGAUGGAUAUCUUUGAUUUUGAUAUUAGGCCUGAGGCUGAGGUGGUGAAGAGGAAUAUGGGAGCAUGUGCCAUUACGAGCGAUUAG